AUGCCGCUCAGCAAUUACCUUACUUAUAGAAGCUUCGGUUCAGUUAAAGUAAUUAAUCACUUUUUUAUUUUUUUUACUAUUUUUGCAAUGUUAGUAUUCUUGCGCGAAAGUAUGCUGUGCAUAUGAAUUUUUACAUCCUCCAUCAUAUAAAAAUGCAUUACUAACUCUAUCAUCGCAAUAACUGCAAUAUAUAAACCUAAAAAACUUUUAUCAAUUUUAAAAAAUAAUAACCCUAGAUGAGGUCAAAAAACUUGUCAGCGUUAACGGUAAUUUGGAUAAUAUACCUCUAUUUCCGCUUUGUACUCGAAAAAUCAGAUCAACAUGAACAUUACCAAAGCAGAAAGCGUACUGUAAAUCAACAAAAAAAUUCUUUCUUUGUGGCAUUAAUUGAACAAAAAUGGUCGACAAACACUUCUGUAAGAACCCUAGAAAUGACGCAGUACGAAAAUACCUCUAAAUAUACUUUUUUUAGACAAAUGCAGCAACUAAAACCUGGUUAAAAGACGUUAAACACGAAGUAUUUACUCAUAAGCUAUUGGAUUGGACCUCUCAUAAUCAAGUUCAAAUCCCAAACAACGUGAAAACAAGUAGUUUAGAAAUACGGUAAGUGCCACACAAAAUAAACUUUGCGUUAUAAGCGAACCUUGAAAUGAUAAUUUAGAUGGCUCGCGUCGUACUUGUCUGUUAUGCACAACACCUAUACCUGGUACGUGUUCACCCAAGUUUCAAGCUUCAUUAUGAUAGAAAACUUGGCACUGUAUUUAAAACAAUUACCAAGCGAUUCAGCUGCUUAUGCAGUGAUAGAAAAUGUAAGUAUUACAUGUUCAUCGAUUUAA